AUGUCAGAUGCUCUAUCAGCAGUAUUGUCCCAAGGGGUGGGAUAUGGGGUGGUCGUGGGCAUCGGCUUCUUCUUUACGGUUGUCAUGGCCGGCAUCUCCAUGCUUCAGAACCGAUACACAAACUUCUCCACGAGGACCAGUGAAGAGUUCAACACCGCAAGUAGAAAUGUGAAACCUGGUCUCAUUGCUGCUGGUAUAGUUUCAGCGUGGACUUGGGCUGCUACACUUCUCCAGAGCAGCACGGUCGCUUAUACAUAUGGUGUAGCUGGACCGUUCUGGUAUGCAGCAGGAGCCACGGUUCAGAUUCUGAUGUUCUCCAUCCUAGCCUGCAAGACCAAGAUGAACGCUCCUCGAUGCCACACGUACUUGGAAAUCAUCCAAGUCCGCUAUGGCACCGUCGCCCACCUUGUGUUCAUCUUCUUCGCCCUCGUUACGAACAUUCUGGUCGGGUCUCAGCUCCUACUAGGUGGCUCAGCCGUGGUUACUAGUCUCACAGGCAUGAACGUCUAUGCGGCCAUCUUCCUGAUCCCUCUGGGUGUGGUUGCGUAUGUUCUCAUGGGCGGGCUCCGAGCGACCUUCCUGUGCGACUACUCUCACACGCUGAUUCUGAUGGUCAUUAUCCUUUACUUUAUGUUCCAAGUGUACUGCACGGACGACCUCAUCGGGUCUCCCUCUCGCAUGUUCGAGCUGCUGAAGAAAGCGGCGACUCUUCGACCCGUGGCCGGCAACCAAGACGGCAGCUACAUGACUUUGAAAUCCAACAAUGCGUUGAUCUUCGGCGUCAUUCAGCUCUGUUCUGGCAGUGGUACCGUCUUCUUGGACCAAGCGUAUUGGCAGAGAGCCAUUGCGUCUCGUCCUACCACCGCCGUGCGAGCGUACAUUCUCGGCGGGAUGGCGUGGUUCGCUAUCCCCUUUGGCUUCGCCACGACCUUGGGUCUGGCCUCGGUCGCGCUGACCGACAACCCUGCCUACCCGACUUACCCCCAUGCGCCUUCGUCGAGUCAAAUCUCUGCUGGUCUCGCCUCCGCUUUUGCAGCGAGCACGCUCCUCGGCAAAGGCGGCGCCGUGGCCUUGCUCAUCACGCUCUUCAUGGCCGUGACGUCCUGCGCGUCUGCCGAACUGAUCGCUGUCUCCUCGAUCCUCACCUUCGAUAUUUACAAGGCGUACAUCAAACCUAACGCCACGCCCAGCAAUUUGAUCUUCAUGGCCCACGUCAACGUCGCCGUCUUUGGCUUGACCAUGGCCAUCUUCGCCAUCAUCUGGAACGUCAUCGGCAUCGAUCUCGGCUGGUUGUUCCUGGUCAUGGGCCUCCUCAUCGGCGGUGCCGUAUUCCCCGUCGCAUUCGCCAUAACGUGGAAGGGGCAGAGUCGCGCCGGUGCCAUCGCCGGGGCGCUGAGUGGUCUCGCCGCCGGCCUGACCGCCUGGCUCGUCGAAGCCAAGGUCUAUUAUGGUGAACUCAACCUGACGACUACGGGAUCAAACUACGCCACGCUGGCUGGCAAUCUGGCUGCCAUCAUGACCGGCCUGAUCGUCUCGGUCGUCGUGUCUCUGCUCAAACCGGAUGAUUAUGACUGGAGUUCGACGCGGGCCAUCAACGCGGCCAGUGCCCAUGGUGAACUGGAGGGCACCACUCCUCCCGCGGCGGAUUCUUCCCGGUCAAGCACCACGCAGAGCAGCGGCGGAGAGGGUGUCGCUGAGAAAAAGGAUGCCAUCAAAUCCGUCAGCGAAGCACCAACGUCGGCCCCACCGGACGAAAAGCACCUCACGACAACUGCAACCAAGGACCCCAUCCGCGCCGACGAAGAGCGCCAGAUGUCUCUGGACGCUGCGAUCGAGGAGCACCCGUCGCGGCUGCGCGCAGCCUUCAAGCUCGCUUGCGUCGCCUCCUUCGUCCUGCCCUUCAUCAUGGACUUCUUGAUCCCCAUCCCCAUGUUCCUCAGCCACUACGUCUUCUCGGUCGGCUUCUUCACCGCCUGGGUCGUCAUCAGCUUCAUCUGGGUUUUCAGCUCCGCACUGAUCAGCGUCGUCUUGCCCGUCUGGGAGACUAGGGCGUUCUUUGCAAUGUUGGCCCGCGAGAUUGUCGGCGAUUUGAGACAGAGAAAGAGGUCUGCGUGA